AUGUCGCGUCCCGUCUUGGUACAUGGUCGCGCCGCCAACACAGUUCUAGACGGUGUCUUUUCCUGCAGUCCGGAACAUUCACUCCGCCGCCGUAGUUAUGCCAAAGCUCAGGCCACUACACGACAAGACGUUGAUGAGCUUGCAAGCGAAAUGCGGGAACGAAAGGUCUAUGCUUCUUCCGGCCAGAACGGUCCAAACCCAAAAAAAGAAAACCUUAAGCCGUCAACGUCGGGUGUAAAUCGUACGACCAAAGAUGUGCUCAUUAUUUUCCAUGGGACAUCUCUUGCGAAAGCGCAAAUACCACACUCUAGCCUCUUCUUCACUUUUGAUACCCUGCACCUGCAACGACCUGCAUUCAUAGCGCUUCCAAUAUUCGGUAUUACUACCAUGGCUACAAGCCAGGGCUUAGCGAGCUUCAGCCUCGUUCAGAGUAGAGCCCUGUCGGCGGUGAUCGCCUAG